GGCUCCGACAAUCUCCAACUCCAAUCGGCGGGCGGCCAGUCGCGCCACCGCCAUCGCGCAGAACGUAGCUAGCAAUUGUAUUCCUCAUCCGCCGCGCUCGAGCCGGAUCCGCGUGACCGACCGUACGCCACUGGAUACACGAUCACAUUCGCGGUGCAGUGCGAUCGGCCGAAUCGAAGGAGGCGCCGUAAGGUAUUUCACAGCCUCCUAUGCAACAACAACAGUGUUUUCGAGUGACAGUGAUCGCAAACGGCGACCAUGAUUGAACUCGAUACUUUCCGUCGUCGUGGCAGAGAAUGCGGGGUUCCGGUUCAGAUUUUAGUGGAAUAGCAUAACUCUUAAAACCACUAAUUCCUUCUUGGGUUCUUGCGGGCAGAGGCGUGUCUCAGGUGACACACCGCGCGCUGUGCGUCGGACGGGGUUGCAGAGUAGAGAAAAUGUAUGCUCCCAAAACCAAGAUGCUCCAGUUCGCAACCCCGCGGUCUUCAUCGGGGGCCCCAUACUUUAUGCUUCGGGCCCCAGGGAUCCCAGAUCCGCCACUCGCUCUUCAACUAUCACCAUCGGGGGCCCCAUACGAACUUUGUGCUUCAGGCCCCACGGAUCCUAGAUCCGCCGCUGCAAUUGAGGAUGGAAUAUCGUUAAACCUCCCUGCGGUUUUUCAGGAAUACAAACUGCAUUGCACAUUUCUUUGACUGUCAGAUUAUGUGCCUUAUUUGAGGUUUUUCACUGUAUUAAAUUUUCUUUGCGCGUAUCCUGGAGUUCUUGUUUCCCAGUGAAACUUUGUUAAUCCGAGUAUCGAGCAUGGAUGAUAUCUUUUAUAGAAUUAUGAGGUCAUGUGGGGAAAAGUACUUCUUACCUUCUCUUUUCCAGCAGCUGCCGCUAUUGAUGGGACGUGUUCGUGACAGAUUAAGUCCUCGGUGAUCUGGACUCCGAUCAGUCGAAAUAGACGGCUCUUUAGCAAAACUCGGCUAUCUAUCCAAACCGGAUGAGCGCUAUGACGCUUUUUGUCAAAGAACUGUGUUUUGAAAAUACUAAUCUGUACAAGACUGUUGCGUCCCUAAGCUGUGACCUCCACUAGCAAGUCUUCUUUUCCAGCGCGGGAAAUCAAACUACUCUGCCCUUUUCCUAAUUUUCUUCAGGAACUCAAGCUACUCUGAGCUCUUGUUUCUUUGGGGAAUGAAAUUUGACUUGUAAGUCCUUUAAAGAAUGCACUUCACACUUUUUUUUACUUCGACUUCUGAUACCUUUUUAGGGCAUAUCACUAUUUCCCAAUUUUACUCAAGCAACUUUGUACAUAGGAGCCAAUAUUUGCUAUUUCACUAAAAGAGACCUAAUUCUGAACAAAACCGUCUUUGCCUAUCUCAAAAAAAUCCAUUCUGUUUGAAUGCAGAAACUUAUUUCUUAUCGUCGAUCGAAAUAUUCAAAAUUUCCAAAUACUCGAACCUUACAAUGUCCGAAUCAUGGUCGCCGUGUGAUCCUGCGCGGCCGAGUCACUUCCGGUGAAUCACCACCGUCAGUGACCGAUUUCCGUUUACCUAAAGGCGACCACCGACUACAACAAUAGUGAAGUGCAAGUGCCUCAACCCUCCGAGUACUACCCGACGUACUACUAUUAUUACGGCGACGGCCCCGAAGAAGGGAUGGUGGCCAGUCAGAGCGGCCCUUCCGCCGAUGCCACGCCCCCUGGAGGCGGUACGGCCCACCUCAACAACGUGCAUCAUAUCCACCACAUGCAGCAACCGCCGUCCGUUGCGGAGAUGUACGGCGUGCAUCCGCCGCCCUACGGGGAUUAUUUCCACGAUUACUACAUGCACGCGGCGGCGCACCAUCAUCAUCCGCACGAGAUGUGCCCCGCGCACCAUCUGUGUCACAUCCAGGGAGAGUUCGGUCCGGUGACAGUACCAAUGGUCUCAACGAAUUCCUCCCCUCCCAUCGCGAUGCCGGUCCAGGUACCGCCGGGUCACAUGGUGCAGCAGAUCGUCGAUGAGAGUGGUACCUUACGUCAUGUGAUACUUUCCCCGCAACACCCCCCGAAUAUGGUACCGCUGCCAUCACACAAUCCACAACACUUUAGUUCCGGUCCGCAAGGCGGCACAAACCAAUCCCAGUACUACACGUCGACGGGUGGAGGCGGUGCCUUUUCCCCAGGUCCGCCUAACUCCGGCCAGCCCCCCCACUUUCACGGCGGCAUGCCCCCUCCCGGCGGUGGGGGAACGCCCACCGGCGGUGGGGGGGUGCACAGUCCGACGCAUCAUGGCCACUCGCCGCCCCCACCACCACCGCAACAGACGAUCGUCAUUGGCGCACAUCCCCAGACACAACAGGUGCCACCGCCUGCCUAUUUUAGGGAUGAAAGAACUCAUCGGCAGCAUAUCAAGUUAAGAAGGAAACUGAACGAAAAGCAGAAAAAUAAUAACAGCACCGAGAAAUCGGACGCAAUCCUGAGGAAAGAAUUCGUGAACGGCCUGAAACGCGGCAACGAAGGCAAGGAAAAAGGAAUGAACAGCGUAGGAACCAGUGAAGAUGGCGAAGAAAGCAGUGUUCCAGAUGAAGAAGACCCGUACCCUGCUGUCAUAGACGUAUUAUCUUCCGUCCAGGCGCCUAAGGUGUCUGAACUGACCUCACGUAGUGCCUUACUGCAAUGGGCCCCACCCAUUCGCCUGUCAGAAACGGCAAGCAGCGACAGUCACGAUCACCUGGACAUCCAGGAGUCGGACCUCAGGUAUGAGGUCUUGCUGAGCGACAAGAGCAAAGAGAUGAAGUUCAAGUCCAUAUACAGCGGCACAUCGCUCAGCUGCAGGAUACAGGAUCUGAAGCCCGGACAGGAGUACGCCGUUUGCUUACAGGUCCACCUAGACAAGCUGCAAGGCUUCGCGACGGACCCGGUCCGUUUUUCGACUCCCCCUUGCGAGCCAGAUCAACCUCAACCGCCGAAAAUCCUGCACCGCACCAAAAACAGCCUCCAAUUACGAUGGAACGCGGUCAACGACAAUGGCGCUCCAGUGUUGCACUACGUGCUAGAGUACAGCGAUAACAGCAAAGUGGGCGGAGCAAACGGCGUAGAGUGGGUGGAGUUCUACAGGGGGCGGGGCAAGAUGCACACGCUGCAGAAACUGCAACCCGCUACUGCGUACACCUUCAGGAUGGCUGUGGUUAACGAGGUCGGCAUGAGCCUGUACAGUGAUUGCGUGACGUACGCGACGUUCGACAACCCUCCCACGCAGCCCGCGCCGCCCACCCUCCUGGAGACGGGCGUCAAUCGGUUGAGCCUCGCGUGGCAGAAACAGGCGAAAAGGGACGACGAGUUCCUUUUGCAGAUGAACGAUGUUGAGACGAAAUAUGGCUUUCUUAAUGUUUACAAUGGCAAGGAGAGCUACCACGUGUGCAGCGGACUGAACAGAUCUAUUGACUACAUAUUUCGUCUACGCGUGAAGAACGAAGACGGAACGUCGCCUUGGUCGGAAGACGUGACGUACCGAACGUUGCCUGACAGGCCAGCGAGACCUUCGAAACCUGUUGUUAAAGGCAGGAUACACGCGCAUUCCUUUAAAUUGAAGUGGGAACCACCGGCUGAUACUGGCGGGACGAAGAUCACUAGGUACCUCUUGGAAGUGAAUUCCGGCAGCGGUUACGAACCGGUGUACAGCGGCCAAGAGACGGAAGCCAUCUGCGAUCGCCUAACACCGGGUACGACGUACCAACUGCGCGUCUGCUGUCAAAGCAUCGGCGGUCAGAGCGACUACUCGGACCCGUGCACGGUCACCACGGACGCCAUUAGUCCAGGAACAUGCCCGCCCCCGAGACCGGUGGGCAGGCCGAGGCCUACGGCCGCCCAUCUCAGGUGGGCGGAGCCUGACUACAACGGCGGGGCGCCCGUAUUGGAUUAUGAGGUGGAGAUGGUGUCCCCCGACACCUCCAGAAGCAUCGUCUACAAGAACAAGGAGUGCGAGUGCCUCGUGACCGAUCUACGACCCGGUUGCGACUACCUGUUCGCCGUGAGGGCUGUCAAUCGCAUCGGGCCCGGUCCAUGGUCGGAUACGUCGCGGGUGACUAGCGGGGCGGCGCCUCCUGAUGCCCCAGAGGCGCCCAAGGUCGCUGCCAAGUCGCCAUGGCAUGUGGCUGUCGAAUGGAGCGAACCUAGGUGUAAUGGCGCGCCUGUGACGGAGUAUAAGCUAGAGAUGAGUAGCAGUAGUGCCGAUGUCGAAGGAGAAGAAACUGAGGAGACGAUAGCUGCCGCAGUCGAUGGAAAAUUUGCCAGCAUAUAUCAGGGCCCCCUGACCUGCUACGACCUGAAGACGCUCAUCCAGCCCGCUCAUUGGUACGCGUUCCGCGUUGCCGCCUCGAACCUGGCCGGUAGCUCCGCCCACAGCUCGAUCGCGUGCGCGCGCACGCCUGCAGCCCCGCCCUCGGCGCCCGGCGCGCCCAAAGGCGAGGCCACGCCCACGAGCGUGCGCGUGCGAUGGCAGAGGCCGAACGAUAACGGCGCGCCCAUCACGCAUUACAACGUCGAAGUUGGCGAUAAGACCAUUUCCACCGAGGGACCGGUCACGGAGGUCACAGUGGAUGGGUUGCAGCCCAACACUGCCUACAAGGUAAAAGUGCAAGCAGUGAACUCGGUAUCAGCCGGUCCAUUCUCUCCUUCAGCAAAGAUCAGCACACUGCGUCUUCCCCCCUCCCCGCCUAAGCUGGAAUGUUCAGCUGCGGGUCACAAUUACCUGAAGCUGAAAUGGGGCGAAGGCCGGAACCUAGACUACGUCCAGUACACGGUCGAGAUGGAGAACCAUCGUACCAGAGAGUACCAGUGCGUGUAUAAGGGUACGGCGCUUACGUGCAAGGUUAACAAACUGCACGAGACCACCACAUACAGCUUCCGAAUAAACGCGACCAAUGACGCCGGAGUCGGCGAUUUCUCGGCCGUGUACCAGUUUUCGACGAUUCUGGCACCUCCAGCUGCCGUGAAGCUCCCCAAAGUGGUCGAGGUGGAAAGAACGACGUGCACUUUGGAAUGGUUGCCGGCCAAAAACGCGUUCGCCGAUCCGGUCGCAUAUUUAGUGCUGUUGGCGAGGGGCAAGGAGCAAACAUUCAAAACGGUGCACAGAACCUUUGAAUCUAAACACCAGCUGGACCACCUGGACGCCGGCACCGAGUACCACGCUCGUAUCGUACCCGUACGCCUUGCAGGCGACACCGAACUGCCCGGUCCUUCAUCGCCUUCUGUCACUUUCACCACCUUAGCAUCCACGGAACCUUCUAGCACCGCCUCCGCGACGGGCUGUACUCCAAACGCCCAGUCCGGGGCGCAGGUUCAUCACAAACGAGGUGGUACCGUGGCGUUGGGUCUGUAUCAUUCCAUAAGCAAAUGUUGCGCGUUGGCCCUGAAGGACGAGUACCGCACUUUCUUCUACGUAGUACUGAUCACCUUGCUGGGUAUCCUGAUUUCGCUGGGGAUCGAAGCGAUGCUGUAGACUGACAGCUGCAGGCAUUUUAGGACGUCGAAUUUGUGAUGGUACGGAUUGAAAUGAUCGAAAGAGUAUAACGCAAAAAACCGAAAAAAUGUCAAUUUGUAACCAUAAAAAUAGUGGCGAGGAAACUAGCUGUAAUUCCAUAUAUUUUUUUUUUCGUUUCAUAGUAGGAAAGCAAGAAUCUAUAAACUGUUGUUAUAUUAUGAUCCUCGGUGAUUAUUUUUAGUUUUGUGUAUCAUGUUAUAUUUUUGUAUGAAAUACUGAGAGAGAUUAGUGGUUUAUAUAUUGUAUACCAGAUUUUAAUUUGUAGCUAUAUAUAUUUACAUGUUUUUUAAAUAGUCGUUUAAAAAUAUAUUUUUUUAUAUACACUUCGCUUAUGUAGUUAUUUGAAAUAGAGGAUUCCAAUAGGCUCCCAGAGAGGCUCGCGACGAGGUGAAAUUGAAAGAAAGCGGUUCUUCCCGAGAUAUCGCUGACCUACUAGGGAUUAAAACAGAUUAGGGUGCAUUUUUCGUGCUUAUCCUUCGAUAUUUCCGAAAUUCAUACGCUCUCCUCCCAUAACUUGCAGUUUGUAUACUUGUCUCAAUAAGAGCGUCGGAUUUGAUUUUCAAGAAAAACACAAGUUUUUUUCGAAUUAAGCGAGUAUUUAUGUUUCAACAUGAAGAGGAAUAGUUGCGAUUGAACAUGAAAUAGGACAUCCGGUAAAUGGCCACCACGAAACCUCUGGCACAGUUUCCGCGUAAUUUCCUUCUUUUCGGUAGUGAAUUUUCACAAUAAUUGAACGUCUAAUCGCGUGGUCUGGACAUGACAGCUGUCAUCAAGUAACCACCAUAUGUACAAAAAAUGGCGGCAAAUUCAAAUCCAGCGCUCUUGUUGAGACACCCUAUAUCUAAGUUCGUUAAUAGAGAAAGGCGCCAAAGUUUUUGGUUGAAAUGUUUCAAAAAAGUUACCUUUACCUGAAUGUAAAGUCUUCUUCUAAUACAAACUUCUAUGUAAACUGCAUUUGAUUUGUAUAUCGAGGUAAAUACAGUGAUUUGGAAUCUGGGCAUCAAACUUUGAUCCAGUGACUUCUUGGAUAUUAAAUUUAAUUAUUUCAAAAAUACGAUCUUGCAAACAUUUUUCUUUUCAUCCAACAACUGUUAUUGGCGUGUGAAUUUUGAAGAAUAUAUCAGGUAACGUAUGGGAAUGCAUCCAAACCUAGAGUAUUAUUAAACAGGGCUUUUUAUUAUAAAUUUGUUAUAUAUUAUAUAUAUUAGAGGACCAAAGCGAUAUGUGGCGUUUUGGUAUUUUUAUACAUUUUUCCCCGUACUUUCGGUGUGGUGCUAUCAAAAAACCCAAUUUGCACAACUUGGCGUUUACAAUUAUCAAGAAGCUUCCUAAAAUAUCACCCCAAUGUUUAUUAUAUUUAAAGGUCGUACUAAGAUGAUAGAAUAUAAUAAAAGUAAGGUUAUGGGCCCAGAGCUUCGUACGGCAGUUGGCCUUGAAUCUAAACUUUACCGAUUCGCGAGUGAGGAAUGAAGUUUGUGGUCGUAAGUUGUGUAGGUCGGGUGUCACUAAGAUGUGAUGUAGACAACAUGUAAUUAUUAAUAUCCAUAAUUUGCUUUUUGUAUGUUCAUAUAUUCAAGUCAUAAGUCGAAGUAUGUUCGAGCACAUCUGCAAAUCGUCGUACUAUUUUUUUACUCCAGUUUUCCAUAUACCCAAACGAAUAUGCUUACAUGUGAUGCGCAGAUUUCGUAGUGCUAUAAUCUGCUUAUUGAGUAUGUGAUUGAAAUAGACGCAAUAUAAUAUUUUGUUUUGAUCACGAUAUGAUAAAAAAAAUUGCAGAUGUCUUGAAUCUAUAUGCGUAUAUUGUGAAAAGGAAAGAUUUUUUAUCGUUUUCGUGGGGGAUGCAAUAUCUUGUGCUUGUUAUAAAAAAUCACUGCCAGAGUUAUUAAUUCCAACCAUAUCAAAAUAAAAGCCUGUUGUAUAUGUAAUACUUCAGCAACUCCCGUAGAUGCUGAAGUAUUUGCCAGAAACUGCCAUAUGACGAGAAUCUCUAUGCUAAGCAUAUCCUAUUUCAGAAUAUAUAGUCUAAUCAUAUUAGACGAAAAUAUCCCUGGUUUACGAAAUAAUUGUAAAGUCUGAUUUUAUUGCUGCAAAUUAUUCAAGGGGGUAUUCAAAACAUGGACGCAUAAAAUUGGUACGCCAAUUUUUGUAUUUGACAACAAAGAAUGAGAAAACUUGUUUUUUGGGAUUAAAUUGAAAAUGUUGGCAGGAACGAAAAAACUCUUCAUAUAAGAUUUUUAGCUAUAUAUAAGACCUACAAAAGGAGAUCACACGUAAAAAGAUCCGCAGUUUGCCUGGGUUUUCGGCCAUAACUUUUUUGCUAUUAUUCGGAUCUUUUUACGUGUGGUCUCAUUUUGUAGGUCUCACAAAUACCUAAAAAUCUUAUAUGAUAAUUUUUUCGUUCCUGUCAACACUUUCGAUUGAAUCCCGAAAACACGUUUUCUCAUUCUUCGUUUUCAAAUAAAAAAUGUUCCCACAAAAUACCCCCUUGAACAACUUGCGCGAAUAAAACCAGACCUUACAAUUAUUUCGGGGAAACUUACUAAUAUGAUUAGACUGAUAUGUAUCGUAUUAUAAGAGUGUCACUAACAUGCAAAGUUUACGCGUAUGACACGUGCCAUUCUUGGUAUGUGGCGCGCUCCACGUUACAUCAGUUGUCAUUGAUGUAUUGUCAAUUGUCAUCUGUCAUCCGCCGUUUUUACGAACCCCUAAAUGUUUUUUGAGCUUACAAACAUGUAUUUUUGAUUAUUAGUCUUAUCGCUAUCGUAAGACCAAUGUAUCAACUGAUUUUUGUCAUGUUUUGUUGAUAAAAUUUGUAUCUCAGCUCUACAAAUAAGUCUCAUAAUAGGUUUACUAUACCACUAAGGUUAUGACAGUUGACGUGUAACACCUACAAGCACACUGUGUGUCGCAUCCUUCAGAAAAUUAUAGCAAAAAUCAUUUUUGAUAAUCGUGGUAGUUAUAAAAUUAUAUGGUCGAUGGUAUUAUAAAAAAAUUUAGCUGCUGGAAGAGAAAAAACAUGUACCUAUAGACUAAUAAUUUUUUUGUAAUUACAGAUGUAUAGGUUGGAGAAAAAUCAUUUAUCGUUUAUACAGGGUGUUCUAGAUUGUUUGUACUUGACACUUAGUAUGAAUUGGCAACAAAAAAGGUCAAAGUUUCAGUCAGACUUCAGCCAUCAAUACUGUCUAAACAGUAUAGCUUUAUUCAUGCUUUUUCUAGUGAAGACCAGUGUCAUCAACUUUGAAUUUUGUUUUAUUGUCAUUUAUAUUUGUAGCAGACAAAAGGAAAGAUAAUUUCUGAAAAUAUCAGUCAUUAUCUACCAAAAGCCUUUAGUUGUGCCUUUAGAAACGUAGUACCCUCUAUUUUUCCAUAUGUCAUUUUGUCAAACAUCACAAAUAUUCUUCUGCACCCUGUAUGUUAAUCGAAUCUUUAUGCAAUUCUAUUGAUCUAAUCAUUAUUAUUUAGAGUUGGCUAUAAAGGGAUGAUGUGUAAUUUGAUAUACGUGCUAUCCAUGCAGUAAGAAGAGAUAUAUAUUAAUAUAUUAUAGAUAAAUACCUAUAAAUAAUAAAAUUCUAUUAUAUUUUAUGUACUAGUAUCAUGAACUUUCUUUUAUUUAAAAAUAUUGGAAAUAAAAAUCAAG